AUGGAUCCGCCCCAGGAACUUGAUAUCUCAGCCUCUCUAUCCGAAACUGUUGAAACUCGCCGAGAGCAAGCGGGAGCAAAAGGUGCCCUUGCCAGAGGCUUACUAGCACUCCAAAACAGGAGCUCACAGCUACCCUCAUCGUCGGAACCCAGCCACAUGUCUGAAACUACCAUGGCUCCUGAGAGCAGAGGCGCAGAAGCAGCGCUUGGUGCUACCGAUACGAGCGCAAAGCCUCAAAACAAUCCUCAGGCAGGCCAUACGUUUACCGUGGUCGUCCCCGACCUUUCAUUCUAUGAGCUGGAUGAUGACCUCAACCCACCAAUGGAUAUUGCACAGGCUCUUUCAGGAUUUAUUCAAAAUGAGGCCUCUGAUCACCAGCUUCCGGUUAAUGACUUAGCAGUUGCUUCAUCGUUAUCGAUCCAGAUUGAAGAUGCUGAGCCUGGUCCCUCCACUAGGCCAGCUGAUCCAGAAUCCUUGGAGUGGCCAGACGAGAUGUUGGACUCCGUGAAUGAUAACGACACAUCAGAGUUCGAUGUAAUUAAGUCCUGGUUUAAAGGCCUUGUCAAUCCUACCAUGGAAGACGCAGUGAAAUACAAAGCCGCCAAGUUACAAGAAAAGGCAAGGGAAACAAGAGUAUCAAACAGAGAAGCACUUCAAUUACAGGAUGACGAGUACGACGAGUUUGUAGGGGAUGAGGAAAAUCCCGGCUUAUUCGUUACCCCCGAGCCCGCCCAAGAAAGUUCAUCUCAUGUGCAGCUACCAGAACAAAAUGAGUCUAAGCUCGCAGCAGAGCCCACAGAAGAACCGAAGAAAACAACGAGAAAGAAGAGGCAGAAUAAGAUAUCUGCUGAAGAGAAACGACGAAGCAUGCAGUUUGGACUUGACGUUGUUCUUGGCAAAGUAGACAAAAAAAAAGUCAGGAAAGAAGCGCAAGGCUAG